AUGGACGAGUCCCCGCCGCUGGCGGCCCGGCCGGAGCCGCAGCCGCCCAACGCGUCGCUGAACGCGUCCUGGUCCAACCCGUUCGUGCAGCCGCCGUGGCAGGUGGCCCUGUGGGCCGCGGCCUACGCGCUCGUCGUGGUGGUGGCCGUGGUGGGCAACGCCGUGGUCAUGUGGAUCAUCCUGGCGCACAAGCGGAUGCGCACGGUCACCAACUACUUCCUGGUGAACCUGGCCUUCGCCGAGGCCUCCAUGGCCGCGCUCAACACCGUGGUCAACUUCAGCUACGCCGUGCACAACGAGUGGUACUUCGGGGCCGCCUACUGCCGCUUCCACAACUUCUUCCCCAUCGCCGCCGUCUUCGCCAGCAUCUACUCCAUGACGGCCAUCGCGCUGGACAGGUACAUGGCCAUCAUCCACCCGCUCCGGCCGCGCCUCUCGGCCGCGGCCACCAAGGCCGUGAUGGGGCUGAUCUGGCUGCUGGCGCUGCUGCUCGCCUUCCCACAGGGAUAUUUCUCCGUCACCGCCGAGCUCCCGGGGCGCCUCGUCUGCCUCGUGGAGUGGCCGGAGCCCGGCGGAGCCGAGUCCGGGAAAACGUACCACUUUUCCAUGACGGUGCUGCUGUACCUGCUGCCGCUGCUGGUGAUCGGCUGCGCCUACGCCGCCGUCGGCCGCACGCUCUGGGCCAGCGCCAUCCCCGGCGACUCCUCCGACCGCUACCACGAGCAGGUGUCGGCCAAGAGGAAGGUGGUGAAGAUGAUGAUCAUGGUGGUGUGCACCUUCGCGCUCUGCUGGCUGCCCUACCACGUCUACUUCACGCUGCAGUACCUGCGGCCCGAGUGGUACGUGCAGAGCUUCAUCCAGCAGGUCUACCUGGCCGUCAUGUGGCUGGCCAUGAGCUCCACCAUGUACAACCCCAUCAUCUACUGCUGCCUCAACGACAGGUUCCGGGUGGGAUUCAAGCACGCCUUCCGCUGGUGCCCGUGUGUGAGCGCCGGCGAGUACGAGGGGCUGGAGCUGCGCUCGGCGCGCUUCCUGCACACGCACAGCUCCGUGUCCAAGCUCAGCCGCAUGGACACCACCACCGUGGCCUCGGCGCUCGGCGCGCGGCCGACGAGGAGCUGGACGAGCCCGGCCGGGGCCGAGCGGCUCUCCCUGGACAUGACCUCCAACGGCUCCUCCCGCAGCGACUCCAAGACGGUCUCCGAGAGCUUCAGCUUCUACUCCAACACCCUGACCUAGGGAUGUCCCCUCAGCGCCACCUCGGUGUCACCGCCCUGCUUGUGCCGUGCCGGCGUUUCUCGUGUUGUUUUCCCGUCUCUUUUUCUUUGGGAUGAGUUCCGUUGUGGGGCUGGACAUCAGGAAUGUUUUCACUGCCUGGCUGGAGAUGGAGGGGAUGCAGGAACGGGACAGAGCCAGGUUUUCCUUGGAAUCCCAACGCUGGCCGGCGCUUCCGUGCCCUCUGCGAGGCAGGAGGGACCUCUCGGUGCAUCCCACCCAUGGAAAACGACCCCAUCCUGCACCUCCCUCCUCCCAUCCUUAAUUUCAUUCUCCUUGCUGGA